CUCCUCCUCCUCCUCCUCAAGCAAAUCUCACUCCAUGUCCACCGACUCCGACUCCGCCGGCGAAGUUCCCGGCGAUCCAACACACCUCUCCACUUCCCUCAUGAGCGCAACUAGCCUAAUCCAAUCCUUUGCACCCAUCUCCCGCAUCCAUCAACACCUCUGCGCCUUCCACCUCUACGCCGAUGACAUGACCCGACAGGUCCAAGCCCACCACUUCUGUUCCCACGUCAACGAAGACGUCCGCCAAUGUCUCAUCUUCGACUCGCUGGAACCCGGCGCGCGUCUUAUCGGCGUCGAGUACAUCAUCACCGAGCCUCUCUUUCUUACCCUUCCCGACGAGGAGAAGCCACUUUGGCACUCGCAUGAGUAUGAGGUAAAGAGUGGAGUCCUCUUCCUGCCCGGUGUUCCAGGGAUCGUUGAGCGUCGGGAUCUCGAGAAGGUUGCCAAGACCUACGGGAAGACAUUCCAUUUCUGGCAAGUGGAUCGUGGUGACGAGCUUCCCUUGGGAGUACCGUCUCUCAUGAUGGCGCUUACUAGAGACGGUCAGCUUCAUGAGGAUCUCGCCCGAGGUAUUCUUAAUUAGCUUGGUUGUUUUGGG